UUCUCUGCCCCCGAGGCUGCGAUACUCCCCAAUGCCAGGACGAUGUUGAACAAGGCCAGCCAUCGAUUAUCUUUCUGGUCGCCGACCAAGUGAGUGGCGCGGAAACUCUUUUCAUCGACCAGGGGGGCAAGUGGGUGGAAAUUGACAAAGUACGCAUCGAUCAUUUCUACUUCUGUGAGAGAAGAACCAGGCUCAAUAAGCAGAGACGGCAUCGACUGAGCUGUUCGGCUGCUUUGAGGUAAAUACGACUGGAGCUGUGGAUGGAGCCAUGCGAUGACUUUCAUCGCAGCCUGCGUAGAUGAGAUGCCCAGGUACGACGCAGGCUGUCGAGCAUUCAGGGACAGCCCGUUCACAUCAUCCGAAAUGUUUUCGAAGGAGCCAGAUCCACUGGUGCCCUGGUCUGGAUCGAGCGGUUCCUCGGGCAUUGAAUGGAGGGAUUCCAGACCGGGCGGUCCUAUGGACAACGGCUGUGUUUCUAUCGACAAAGCAAGGGACGGCGAGUCCUGCUGGGCCUGUUCAUGACUGCCUGCAGUCACCAACUCCAGCAGUUUCUCUCGGGGCAAAUGGGCAAUGCUGUCAGGGGCUGUGCCGGGAAACAGCCUUUCCAGUGCGGCGCGGACGACAGAAAUUGCAGGCGCGCACCAUCGACCCCCGGCGGCCGAUUCGUUCACCGCGCCGGUGCUUGGGGCUCUGCAAACCCUCUUCGCUGCUUUGGGAGGCCUCGAAGGCGAUAAACAUGACUGAAGUUGGACCACCGAAGAAUGUUACAGAGGAUCAGAGAUCGCGACGUGGUCGAGGAGGUAGCCCAGGUGUUGUUCGAGGUUGAUCAGAUGUUCAGAUGUUUAGAAUAAAUUAUGCCGAGGAUCCUCCGAGAUAUCCAGGGUGGUUUGUUUCGAAAGGUCUCGGCAGUUAUACGAUGCAACCCCGCUUCGUGGAGUGGCAGCCCCUGACAGGGCAGUGCAGCCUAUGCGGGGAACUUCACAUGAA